AUGGCAGCCAAAAAGAUGUCCAUCGACAGCAAGCCCAAGCCCUCUCACCGGGAAGAGAGCGAGGACUCAGCUGGCUCUACCCCCGAGGGCGAACGGAACCCGGUCACUCCCAUCCCAACAGAACCCGUCCAGCCCAAGCGAAAGGGCGGCCGCAAACCCAUUUAUGCCACCUCUGAGGAGCGCAAGCAAAGAAACAGACAGGCUCAGGCCGCCUUCCGCGAGAGGCGUACCGAGUACAUCAAGCAGCUCGAGGAGACUAUCCAGGUCCACGAGACAAACCUGCACAGCCUCCAGACUGCUCACCGCAACGCCAACGAUGAGUGCCUCAUGCUGCGCUACAAGAAUUCGCUCCUCGAGCGUAUUCUUCUAGAGAAGGGCAUUGAUGUUCAUGCCGAGCUCCAGGCCAAGACAGGCAGCCCGACCUUAGGGCCGACCCAUAUGCCACAGAACAUGGUGCAGCCUCCUUCUCUCCACAGACCCAUAAUGAACCGCGCUCGCAAGUCGGUCUCUGCUCUUGCGCCCAAAGUUGAGGCUAGCAACACUGCCAUGACCGGCGUCAAAGCUGAGACCUCUCCCAAAACUCACCCAACUCCCUCCCCCAGCAACACAGGCUCUGCCUUCUCCCCCACCACCGAGCAUGCCGCCAUCAAGGCCAACGCUGGCAACGGCCCUCGUUCACAGAUACCCGCCAUCCUCACUGGAGCCGCGGGCCAGCCGCUGCGCUCUGGUUCUGUUGUCAGCUCCGGCGCUCCAUUCUACUCUGCUCCUGCUUUCCACAGCCACCUCGACCAGCUUGAGCAUGAGUAUGAUCACCACGGAGAUAUGAUGCAAGACUCGGAACUGGAUCAUGGCCACGGUGGUGAGCCCUUUCCGCACUCAUUCAGUGGUAACGACAACAUGAUUGUCUCGCCUACCAAUGCCACCGCCAGCCACCAGAUUCCUGGAUCUGGGCCGGGCUUUUCCUCCAUGAGCCAGCUUUUGGAACAAAACAUGGAUUGGGACCCAUUUGGUCUGAGUGCCAGCAUGAACUUCCCUGCCCAGCAAUUCCAGUUUGAACAGCCUGCAUCUAUGCGAUAG